UUCCGUAGAAGGCUAUUUUUCUGGGAAUUGGUAUGUUGGAAACCGAUUCGUCGAAAAGUUUUCGAAGGUUUGUUUCUUGACGACACACCACGACAACGAAGUAAACAGGUGUAAAUAGUUGCUGCGUUACCAGGCUAAGGAAAAGAAAUCAGAUACAACACUUAAAUGGCUCAGUGGGCCAAGCUACAGCAAUUGCAAGGAGAGGCUUUGAGACAAGUACAGAAUGUUUAUGGUGAACAUUUUCCUCUGGAAGUAAGAUUUGUUCUGGCACAGUGGAUAGAGGAUAAACCAUGGAGUGAAAUAGAUCCAGAUAAUCAUCUGCAUGAUAAUUAUGCAGCUAGCUUGUGUGCUUCAUUUAUUCAAGAGUUGGAGAAGAAAGCCAGUGCAGAAGAUUCUAACUUCAUUAUGAAACUUAAACUUGAUGAAGCUGUUAUUUACUUCAGAGAUAAUUACAGUAACAAUCCCCAACAACUUGUUAGGGUUGUAAAACAUUGUUUGCAAGCUGAAUCUAAGGCCAUUCAGUUAGCUGAAAAUCUUUGUGUUCAGAUGACCAAUCAACUUCAAGGCCCAUCCACCAUUCAUCAAGAAAUAAGCCAACAUCUGGAUAAACUCAAGAAGAAAACACAAGAAACUGAAGAAGAGCUACGACGUAUGCAGCAAGAACAAGAAUCCUUUGUAAUACAAUACCAGGAGAGUUCUAAGCGUCAAGCACAAAUUCAGCAAUUGACAAAUCAGACCAAUACCCAGAAUAAUGUUGAGAUGCUUACUAAACUACAGAGAGACAAGGAGUUAUUGGAUGAGGCCUUGCGACAAAAGGCUGCUUCAUUAGUCCAGCAGAGACAGGUUCUUGCUGACAGACACAAAGAUACGUUGUUGCAGGUGCAUUCCUUACAGACUCGAGUUUUGGAUGAUGAGCUCAUUAAGUGGAAAAGAAACCAGCAGUUGGCUGGGAAUGGAGCAAUAUUUGAUAAUAACCUUGACCAGAUUCAAGAAUGGUGUGAGCAUCUUGUAGAAAUAAUCUGGCAGAAUAGGCAACAAAUCAAGAGGGUUGAAAUGCUCUGCACUCAGCUGCCCAUUAACUCAUCUAUGGGGAAUAUUUUGGAAAAGUUCCAUUCAUUAAAUUCAGAAAUCACAGGUCUUCUUUCCUCCCUUGUUACAAGCACAUUUGUUAUUGAAAAGUUGCCUCCUCAAGUUAUGAAGACCAACACCAGGUUUACUGCUACUGUCAGAUUGCUGGUUGGAGGCAAACUCAAUGUUCACAUGACUCCACCACAAGUCAAAGUCACUAUUAUAAGUGAAGCACAGGCAAAUUCACUUCUGAAAAAUAAAGUAGGAAUGACUGAAGCAAGUGGGGAAAUACUUAAUAAUACAGGCACUAUGGAAUAUCACCAUGCUACACGUCAACUUAGUGUCAGUUUCAGAAAUAUGCAACUGAGAAAGAUUAAGAGAGCAGAAAAGAAGGGUACUGAGUCUGUGAUGGAUGAGAAGUUCUCCCUGCUGUUCCAGUCAGAAUUCAAGGUUGGUGGCGAAGAGCUUGUGUUCAGAGUAUGGACAUUAUCUCUCCCUGUUGUCGUUAUUGUCCAUGGUAAUCAGGAACCCCAUGCUUGGGCAACAGUGACUUGGGACAAUGCUUUUGCAGAACCUGUAUAUAUUCCAUCCAAAAUGUCUGACUCCUAUCAGGGUCGUGUCCCUUUUGCUGUGCCAGACAAAGUUCCUUGGAUCCAAAUGGCAGAAGUGUUAAACAUGAAAUUCCGUGCUGCUUGUGGACAGGGCCUUUCUGCAGAGAAUCUUCAGUAUUUGGCCACUAAAGGAUUUCGUAACUCUCAAAUUCAAGAUUUCAGCAACAUGAUGAUCACAUGGUCGCAGUUUUGCAAAGAACCUCUUCCAGAUAGAAACUUCACUUUUUGGGAAUGGUUUUAUGCAAUUAUGAAAGUUACCAGAGAACACUUGCGGGUACUUUGGAAUGAUGGAGUUAUCGUUGGGUUCAUUAGUAGAAGGAAGGCUGAAGAAAUGUUAUUGAAAAGACCAAGUGGAUCAUUUCUUCUUCGAUUCAGUGAUUCAGAACUUGGUGGAGUAACUAUAGCUUGGGUUGCAGAAGAUCCACAGCAAGAGACAAUGGAUGUUUUCAUGCUGCAGCCUUUUACCAGUCGCGACUUCACUAUUCGUUCACUAGCUGACCGUAUUAAUGACUUGAAACACCUGUCAUAUCUGUAUCCUGACAUACCAAAAGACCAAGCUUUUGGGAAGUAUUAUACCCCAUAUACAGAAAACCAGCCUCCUUCCAGUAAUGGAUAUGUAAAGCCAGUACUAGUGACACAUAUACCAGGAUGGACAGGCAUGAGCAGUGGAAUGGACAGCUAUCCUGGAACACCACAGUCCUCAUUUCACCCUCAGUCUCCUGAUCCUAGCUAUCAUGACUCCUCUUCUAUGGCAGGUGGUGGUGACCAACCCAUGCAUGCCGGUGCAGCAGUAUCUGACAUGGACUACGAUUUUUUAAACAUGGAUCUGAUGUCAGGAGAUAUGGAAGUGCCGGUAGAUUUCUCAAGCAUCAACGUUAGUGACCUUGUGGCCUACACCAAAAGAGAAUAAGACUGUUUCUAGAAAUUUGGGAGAAUCCUUGAAGAUGUAGCAGGACCUGUGUACCUACCAAUCUAAGAAGUUUGGGCAUUCUAACUUGCUCUUAUGGACACGUUGGUUUCUAUAAAGCUAAAUUAAUCUUUUACUUUUUAUGCUCUCAAAGUACUAGAAAGUUUAUAAAGCAUUAUUGAAUAUUCAGAAUCUUUCUUUAUAGACAUUUAAUGUAUUACCCACAGUAAUAUUUUAUAAAGUGAGGUGAAAUUAAUAUUUUUAAACAUCUAAAGAUGUGUGUAACGAAAUAAAGAAAGGGCUUGCAUAAUGAAUUUCAGUUUGUAAUUGAUAAGAUUUAAUCUAAGAUUUAAAAUUACUGGUAAAAUAAUGCUUAUUAUAUAGUCAUAUGUAGCUAAAAAUUUGCUAGUGUGUUGUUAUGAUACUUUUCUCUUAGGUUUUAAAAGGUGGAAAUAUGCUUAGCAUGUUUAGAGAAUACCUAUUACACCAAGAGUAAAAACUGUAAGAGCUGUACACUAACUUAAACAUAACAAUAAAAUACAAAGACAUCUUUUAUUGUAAAUCUAAUGCAGGUCGAAUCAACUCCAGUUAUAAACAGCUAUGCAGCAUAUCAAUUGUCAUUUUUAACUGUUUUCAACAGUACUGAUAUUGUUGUCAAAAAUAUUAUAUAAAGUCAUUUCGUGGUUUAUUUCUAAAACAGAAUUUAUCAUUGUUAUAUUUUAUCCCUGUUUCAUUUUGCAAAUAUCUAACCUUUUAAAGUACAAAAAAAUGUAUGUCAGGCAAAAAAACUCAUUUAUAUAUUUAACCACAUUUUUUA